UACACCCUUUUGCGUUCGUGAUGACUAGACAUUCGUCUAUGUGACCCUAAGAGAAAAAACCGGCUGCCAGCAGACUACCAAGAGCAUAGUCUCAUAAUUUUUUCAUGACCGCUAUUACGCAAGAUAGAUGAUUAUAGGUCACUCAUAGCUUGAGCUGUCUGUGCAUCUCCAUAAUUGAGUCGCUUUGUUUGCUUUGUUUAUUCGCUGCUUUUGAGAACUUGUGUGUGUUUGGGAAGAUUAUUGUAUGAUAUUCGACGUUAGAACCGGGCCCUGGUUGAACCCUACUUGUCAGACUUAACACAUGAACUGUAGACUCACCGCUACAAAAAAAAUGACCGCACGAAACCCUGGGGGCGGCGCGCUUCAAGCUCCCAGGAUUUCACUCGGCCAUUUCUUUCUUGCGACUUGUUUACGGUCACGCUCGACAGACUUAGCGAAAGAGUGGACGACUCGUGGUCUAAAUGAACUGACAAUUCGUCUCUGAUAGCCUCUUUAACCUCUUAGUUCAAACGCUCAACAGUUAGCUUAUUAACCAGGACAGUUCCAGAGAGAAUAUAGGACGGAGAAAGGAGAUUAUAAGCACCGGGGAACUUACGAAAGCGAGGAUGAAACACGAAUUGGCGAAUCUUUGAAGAGUAUUGGAAAUCAAGGGAGACUAAUCUUUCCUAGAGCUUGGUAUUCCUGUGUUUCGCCAGAUAUGGGCACGUUAACAUUCCGCGUCGCUCAACCUGGUGAUCACAGCGACGUUGUAAAGAUGUCUGAAGGAAUCUACAGUGGGAAUGAUUAUCUACCACUCAAAUUUCACCAGUGGCUCCAGAGGGAGAAUUUGACUGUUCUUCUUGGUUAUUCUGACGACAAAUUGGUCGGUUUGCAAGCAUGUUUUGUGGUAGAUGAAGGUCGGACGUAUAUUCGUCGGGCAGGACGCAUCCAGCCAGAACUUCGAGGCCAAGGUCUUGGGCGUCAACUGAGAGAAUGUGCAAGAAAACACGCCAUAGAUCAUUAUCCCAGCCUACAACGAGAACGAUUCACCACAACUUUCGACAAUGCAAGCUCUGUGGAUCAAAGAAAACUUUUAGAAAACGAUAUCUUGUCAUAUCAGGUUCAAAAAAAAUUGUCUUGUCAAGCUGCAAUUUUCACGACAAAUGCGGUCGAGAUAGAGAUGUGCUCGAAAGAAUAUUUUUCCAGUGUUAUCCUCUCUAGCCCCAUGAGAGGGGAGCUUUUCCCGGCCAACGUCAUUGUCGUUAAUUGGUGUCCUUUCGAGCCUCUCCGAUCAAAUAUCGAUUACAUGCUACAAGAGAGCGAUGAAAUGUUCGUCGACAAAUGUGGUGACGAUGCUUUACCAAGAUCGUUUAGUUUUGGGACUUUUUCGCCGAGAGUAAAAUUCGUGCAGUGGCUGGCUGCAGUUUACACCAGAGAUCCCGUCCUUUUUGAAGCGCAUCUUCUGCACCAAUUGAAGCGAGCCCGUGAAGUCAUCAAUGGUGACUUUAUUUUCAUUUCUUUUCAAGACAAAAACUUAACUCCCACGGCGAGGAAAGUGAUGGAAGAACAGCUGCAAUUGAAAGAGCACGAUUGGUACAUGAAAAAGACGAUGAAACUCUUUCAGAGAGAUGUUACAAGGUAAACGGGCGAAGUUUCAAAAGUCCAUGACCACUAAAACCAAGACUAACCUGUUGAACUGUAAAUCAUGUAAAUAGAGUUUACCCAAAUACAGAUUAAAUCUUUGUAGGAAGACAAAAAAAAAAGCAAAAGAUGGCAAUAUAUGCGCUGGGAGUUGCUAAUUUAUCCGCACAGUGUAAACCAUGGAAAACUGUGCUUUAUUGUAUCACAUUUAAUCAGAGAGCAGUUUAAUAAGUGAUCGUCAUGAAACAUUUAGAUACAAAUUUUGAGAACACUCGGUCGGUAACAAGAGAUAUGCACAAAACAUGGGUCGGGGGAAAUGUUAAAUUCAGUUUUCUACUUAAGUCUUAUGCUCAGACUCGGGGGAAAACGACCAUACAAAACAGCUAAAAUUUAGGCCACAAGUUGAGAGCGCGGAAAGCUCUUUCGCGGCCACAGCUCACGAUACAAAGCAUUCGCGCGUGCGUCGCGCCAGCUUCAUCAGACGAAUAUGAUACGCUAUUAAAUCACCGCUGAUCAGAGGUUAAACAUACAGUUCACUGAAGAAGCAAGCUGUCAAAAACAGCGAAAAAACAACAACCUCCAGAAUUAUUAGAACAAAUUCAACUUAAAUGUCUACAGAAUGCACGAAAGUUUUUUACUUACUUGCUCGGAUCCUUAAUAAGGAAAAAUAAGUUUUUUUCAAAAUUAAUCGGCCGAUCGUUCGCCGGAAACGAAUCAUGCGCAGAAAGCGAAUUUACUGCUGGUAAGUAACAUAUUCUACCGUUCUCUUAUCAUAGUGUGUAACCUAGCAGUGUACGGUUAGUAACAAAAUGGCGGCCGCUUCUUUGCUUUUGCGAAGCAUGUGUGAUAAUUAUAAGGAUUUAGAUAAAGUUUUGUAACGACUAGAAGAUAUAGUUGACUCGGACUGCGCCAUGGUCAACUAUCACGCGAUAGAAAUCUCGAGCCUAUUGUUAAAUAGCACGUUUUAGUUAGCUUCGAACUGGACAGACUUAUGAGCAACUUGAGAAUCAGGCCCGGUGUCGAUGAAUAUAUAGAGUAAGCUAAGUACAUACGUAUUGCCAUUGCGCAUUCAUAUACAUUUUUUAAUUUUUUAAUUUUUUUAAAAUUUUUUAACGAAGACUAGUGAGCAGCACAAGGGAAGACUUCUUAUAGUUGUACGCUUUUUCGUUUAUUUCCGACGCGUUUCGUGUCUAUCUGAGACUUCUUCAGCGAAUGAUUACAACUAACAUUGAACAGCAUAUAUAGCACAUAAGCGUGCCUUGGAAGUGAAUAACUGCUGAAACAUGCUGUAAACGGACGUUACAAGAAACGCCUCAAUGCGUAUGGUAUUGCGCGUUGUUAUAUUUUUGGGGCCAUACGAUUAGCGCUAAUCGUGUGCCCCCCCCCCCCC